AUGCAGAUUAUCCGGUCUACAUCAACCAGUAGCAAGAGCAGAGGAGGAGGAGUUCUGAUUGCAGUUUUGAACACCUUUCAGUCAGAAGUUAUUGACUACGACUUGUACUCAACUCGUGAAGAAAUAUGGGUAGUAAUUUACAUAAAUGGGUCAAAUAAAAUGCUGUUAGGAGCUGUCUACAUACCACCGGACUCGAACACAGCAGUGUAUGAAGAACACGCUUCAUUUGUCGAACAUUUGACGUCCGAUUACAACGAGGACAUAGUUUGUAUUGUGGGUGAUUACAAUCUACCAGGUCUAGAAUGGUGUGUCGCUCCUGAUGGUGAUGGCUUUGUGCCGCUUGGAGUUAGUAAAGACGUGGAGCAGAGUGUCUGCGACGGAUUUUCAUAUUGCAGUCUUUCACAACUUAAUAACAUUAAGAAUGAUAAAGGUACAGUUUUGGACUUGGUUUUUUCAAACUGGUCCACCACACUCGUUCAACAAUGUGAGCCCUUGAUCAAUCCGGAUGUGUUCCAUCCGGCCUUAUCCAUUCACUUUGAUAUUCUAGGUGAUGACACUCUUAAUGAUCCAUUGAAUAUUUGUUUAGAUUUUAGAAAUGCCCAGUACGAUAGAAUUAUCGACAAUUUGUUUAGCUAUAAUUGGUCCAUUUUGAAUGAACAGAGUUGUAUCAAUCAAACUGUUGAGUUGUUCUAUGAUUUUCUUUAUAGACUUAUUGACUGUUACGUUGCAAGUAAACUUCCACAUAAAAUUAGUUGGCCCAAAUGGAUUAGUGAUCAAUCAAAAUGUUUAAUCAAACAAAAGAAAUUUGCCUACAAGAAAUUUAAAAUUUCCAACCUACAGUCCGAUUAUAAUAUUUUUGUAAAUUUACGCAAAGCAUGUAAAAAAUCGGUUCUAAACGACAGAGAGCUUUACAUUAAAAAAGUUGAAAAUGAUGUGGUAAAUGAUAGUAAAAGUUUCUGGCACUUUGUAAACGAAACCAAGAAUGAUAGACAUACUAUGCCUUCUUUACUUCAUCUCGAGGACGUUCAAGCGGCAGAAGGUCAGGACAUUGCUAACUUAUUUGCAACGUUCUUUCAGUCAAAUUAUUCUAAUCUCUCUGCUACUUCUGACUAUGUACGAGAACCCCAGGGUUAUUUAUUAGAUGUUAGCAAUUUUGUUAUUACGGUUGAAGAUAUUGUAAAUAAAAUCCGCACUUUAAAUGAUAAGACCAGUGCCGGGCCUGAUAAAAUCCCCGUAGUUUUUUUGAAAGCGUGUGCAGAAUCGUUAGCGUAUCCCCUUUAUGUGAUAUUUAAUAAAACUAUACAAUUAUCACAAUUUCCCAAAGUCUGGAAACAGUCUUAUGUAGUUCCAAUACACAAGGGUAACUCUAAAUCAGAUGUCAAGAAUUACAGGGGUGUUUCUAUUAUUUCAGCUAUACCAAAAUUAUUUGAAGCUAUUAUUUGUGAUAAAUUGCAGAAAAUUACAAAAAAUUUUAUAAUGGAGGAACAGCAUGGCUUCUGUAAGGGUAAAUCUACCAGCUCCAACUUAUACAAAUUUGUUAACUUCGUAAGUACUGCGUUAGAAGAUGGUAACGAAGUAGACACUAUCUACACAGACCUAACCAAAGCGUUUGACAGAGUCAAUAUCAAUAUACUAGUAUCUAAACUGCACGCAGCUGGUAUCAGGGAUCCUCUCUUAUCAUGGAUAGCCUCAUACUUAUUAGAACGAGAACAAAUUGUCAAGGUAAAGGGAUUUUUUUCACAAAAUAUUAAAGUAACCUCAGGCGUCCCACAAGGGUCUCAUUUGGGACCUUUACUUUUCAAUAUAUAUAUAAAUGAUCUUAAAGAGUUUAUAGAUAAGACGGGAUGGAUUUCUAAAGAGCUGGAUGGAUUUGUUGCCUGGUGUAAAAUAAACGGUUUAGAAAUUAACAUAAGCAAAUGUAAAAUCUUAAGGUUUUCAUGCAAAAAAAUGCGCAUGCUGUUUGACUAUAUCAUUGAAGGUAAUAAAUUGGAGCAUGUCGAUGUUUUCUGUGAUUUAGGUGUAUAUUUUGACAGGUCUCUAAGUUAUUCACAGCAUGUGGAUGAUGUUGUCAAUAAAUGUAAUAAGCGUCUAGGUUUCAUAACCAGAAUUACUAAAGAGUUCUCUAAUACGCGACCAAUCAUUAUAUUAUAUGUUAGUUUCAUACGAUCGUUGCUUGAUUAUGGGUCAGUCAUAUGGACACCUAAUUAUAAGACUGCUAAAAAGCGAUUAGAACGCUUACAAAUGAAAAUAAUAAAGACCCUAGCAUUCAAAUCUAACAUAGAUUACAACAACAGCGAUUACGUAAAACUUUUAGAAUAUUUUGGUAUACCUGCGAUAGAAAGACGACACAAAUAUCUUGAUAUAUGCUUUGCCUUUAAUCUAUUAAACAAUCAUAUUGACUGCCCCAGUAUACUGGAACAAUUUUAUCUACACGUGCCAAGCUAUUCGAUUAUGCAAACUAUUAAAUGA